AUGCAUCUGUUAUGGUUUAUAGUAGGGUUGCUACUAUUCCCCAGUCCCGCGGAGUUUAUAUUUCUGAAGGGUUGCAAUUCUGGCGGGUCCUGUAUUAACGAGAAAUGGAGGAAUGCCACUCAUUGGGGCCUAGUUUGCAUGGAAUGGAUGGAAAUGAAGAAAAAUGAAGUCGACAAAUGUCGUAAGCCCUGGAAAUGCUGUCACACUGCGGAAUACCAAAAAAAGAUUAAAUAUUCAGAGGGCUAACCGUGAAGAGCUAACUUUAAUAUCAGCAAUGUUACAACAGCUCAGAAACUGGUUCCUAAUUUAAUGAGCGAUUAAAAUAAAUAUAGUCAAAACAAAA